CGGGUUUAAUGAAGAGGAACAACAUUGCACUAUUAUAUAUCAAAAUCUGGUUUAUUUUUUAGAAAACCUGGUGAAAAUGAAGCUUCUCUUUGUUUCUCCCUUAUUUUUCUGGUGUUUUCUCGUCCAUGGAGCAUCUGGUGUUGAUAUUGAUGAAGUGUCAGCGAUGGAGGGAGAUUCAGUCACUCUACACACUGAUGUUAACACAAACCAACGAGAGAUAAUCAGAUGGUAUUUUAAUGACAUUCGCAUUGCUCAAAUCACUGGAGAUCUCCGUAAGAUCUGUACAGAUGUUGAGUGUAAUGAAGGAACUGAGAGAUUCAGAGACAGACUGAAGCUGGAUCAUCAGACUGGAUCUCUGACCAUCACUAACAUCACAAACACAGACUCUGGAGAAUACAAACUACUGAUAAGCGGCAGCAGCGACAGUGAAAAGAUCUUUAGUGUUAAUGUUCAUGGUGUUUCUGCUGCUCAACGAGAUAAAAUGAAGAGAAAGUCAGUGAAAGAGGGAGAAUCUGUCACUUUAGACUCUGAUGCAGUAAAAAACCCAAAUGAUUUAAAGGUGUGGUAUUUUAAUGACACUCGCAUCGCUCAAAUCAGUGGAGAUCUCCGUAAGAUCUGUACAGAUGUUGAGUGUAAUGAAGGAACUGAGAGAUUCAGAGACAGACUGAAGCUGGACAAUCAGACUGGAUCUCUGACCAUCACUAACAUCACAAACACAGACUCUGGACUUUAUACACUACUGAUCAUCAGCAGCAGAUUCAGCAUCAUAAAGACAUACAGUGUUAGAGUCACUUCUGUUCCAGGUUCAUCUGCCGCUGUAGCUGCUGUUGUUGUUUCUGUUUUGCUGGUUGCAGCUGCUGGUGUCAUUUACUGUUACUGCUGGAGAUCUAAUCAAGCAAGACAAAAUGGCAAGUAUUGCAUACAGCUGAUUUGA